AUCUCGUUCCCGGCACGCCAGAUACUUCUUUCAUCAUUAACUUCUGGAAGCUGCUGCUGCAUCGCGGCGCCACCGUCUUGAGCUGGAGCUGCUUGAGCCGUUGAGGAAGGAGUCGAAGGCUGCCAACCGUCCUGUUGUGGGAAAUUUAAAAAGGACAGGACAAAGGAUGGAGAAGUGUAUUCCAGUACGGGUAGGACUUCGGUGCCGCCCGCUGAUAACGAAGGAGGUCCUCGAAGGCAGCCGGCCAUGUGUCAAGAUCCCUGAUUCGUGCCAAGUUAUCCUCGGGACUGACAAAGCGUUCAGCUUCGAUUAUGUUUUCGGACCUGAAGACAGCCAGAAACUGGUAUAUGAGGGGACCGUUUCCAAGCUGAUUCCGGAAAUUUUUAAAGGGUACAAUGUCACAGUGCUGGCCUAUGGCCAGACAGGCUCUGGGAAGACAUUUUCAAUGGGUACAUGCUGCACUUCGUCCUGGCAAGGGGUUGACAGCGAUGCUGGUAUCAUUCCCCGCGCAGUGCACGACAUAUUUGAGGGUGUACAACAACGUCCUGACAAAGUCUUUGAGAUUAAGGCAUCUUUCCUCGAGGUCUAUAAGGAGGACAUUCUUGACCUGUUUAGCAAGCAGCAAGGACCGCUUUCUAUUCGAGAGGACAGCACUGGAACGAUCAAGGUUCAGAACUUAUCAGAAAUCCCGGUCCAUGACACAAAAGAGACUCUUGAGCUGCUGGAAUCGGGGUCCUCCGCUCGAAGGACUGCGGCAACUGGCAUGAAUGCACACUCCUCGAGGUCUCAUGCCAUCUUUACACUAUCCGUGGAACAACAGGCAGCGGAUGACAAAAAUGACACUACGAUGGCCAAGUUCCACUUGGUGGACCUUGCUGGAUCCGAGCGAGCUGGCAAGACAAAAGCCCAGGGAGAAAGACUGAAAGAAGGAAUCAACAUCAACAGAGGUCUGCUUUCCCUUGGCAACGUCAUCAGUGCCCUGUGUGAUGAAAGCUCUCACGUGCCUUACAGGGACUCGAAGCUUACUCGUCUCCUCCAGGACUCUUUGGGUGGCAACAGCAACACCAUAAUGCUAGCAUGCAUUAGCCCAGCUGACUCAAACUUUGAAGAGACACUGAACACGCUGAGGUACGCUGAUCGUGCACGUAAGAUCAAAAACAAGCCCGUCGUGAACAGGGAUCCUCAGGCGAUGGAAUUGAUGAAGCUGCGCCAGCUGGUCCAACAGCUGCAAGCACAGUUGGAACAAACAGGACAGAGCCCAGACUCGGCCGCAAAAGAAGAGCAUAAUCCGUUUGACUUCCGUGCUAUCCUUGAAGAGAAAAAACUCCUCCUUCAAGACAAUGAGAAGCUGCACGAUACCAACAGGCAGCUGAGGGAGGCAUUACACAAAGCCCUCGACCAGCUGAGCUUUCAUAGUGAGCAGCACAUAAUGGACCAGAUGGCGAUUGAGAAGCUUCGUAGCCUGAAUCAGGCGCUCUCUGCAAAAGUUCAGAGUCUUGAAUGUGCAACCACCGAUGAAGAGAAGGCGCAGAUUCUCAAUGACAUUCAGAGGUCAAUUCACGAGUAUAAGGAAGAAGAGAAACUGCAACACGAGACAAGCAGGUUACAGCUGCAGCCACAAAAGGCUGUCGACCUUGUCGAAGGAUCAAACUUUGAAGAAAGGCAGUCUGAGGAAGAUGCAGAAGAUGUUGCAGCGGAGGAACUAAACCGCACCUUCCGGCGAGCAGCCAUGAGUGAAGAGCUCGAGCAGUUGAAUAAGGUCCUACAAGCAAAGGAAGAACUCGCUUCCAAAAUGACCCUCAAUGAUGUUCAGCUUGAGGUUGUCCGCCGAGAGUAUGAGGCAAGCAAGAGGCAUCUGGAAAGUGAGAUGGCAGAACUAAAGAAAGAGAGAGAUGAACUAUCUCAGGCUCUCCUUACAGUCAAGACUUCUUCUGUGCCAAAAGUAAUGUCUGAGCAGAGGCGGAAGCGCAUUCAGGAGCUGGAGGACCACAUUGCAAAACUCAGGAGGAAGGUCCAGGAGCAGAGCAAGCUCGUCAAGAUGAAGGAAGAGACUGAACAAAAAGCAUGCAAGCUCCAGCAAGAAAUAACGGCCAUUAAGCAGACCCGCGUGCGCCUCAUGCGGCAAUUGAAGGAAGAAUCUGAACAUCACCGGAAGGCGCAGGCACAGAUGGACCGCAAGGUUCGUGCCCUGCAGUUAAAGGAGCAGCGCCAAACGGUUGCCUUGGCGAAGCUGGAGAGACAGAGUGCCCUGCGCAUGGCGGUCAUGCAGCGCCGCAUGAAUGAGGCCGUAGCAGCUAAACAACGCCUAGAAGUAGCUGCGGGGAGGCGGAAGGACUGGAAGAAGCACCGUGGCAAUUGUAGUGUGGCGAUGCUCAGUUCUCGCAUCAAAGCGUGGCUGACUGAGGAAAUAGCAGUACUUUCAGACAGCAAAAAGGUAGAAUAUCACCUUCAGUCACUGCUGGACAGUCGAAAGAUCAUUGCUGAGCAGCUGAAUACCGUCAAGGAGGCUCUGGCAGAAAACUCAGCAGAAGAAGAUGCUGAGUCUCUGCACAAAAAACGGAACGAGUUGCAGAAAGAAAUUGAAGACCACACGACACAGAUCAAAGAACUGCAACAGAAAAUCUUGGAAGUUGACUCUGAGAAACACAUGCAGGGAAUGUUUGAGGGUACAAACAACAUGCGAGAAGCCCAAGCCAUCUCAUCCUGCCUUCUCAAAAUGGCGACUGAAAAGGACGUGGAGGCCUACACCUGCAAGAUGAAGCAGAAAGAAACUACAUGUGAAAUGGAAGAGCUCAAGACUGCCCUGGAGGAUGCCAAUAAGAAAAUUGAAGCCAUGGAGAAGGGGUUCGAAGUUAAGAUGGUGGAGCUUGAAAAGCAACACCAAGAGAAAACCCUUUAUCUACUAAAACACUCCUCCCGCAUGACAAUCAACUCAAACCCCGACGUGGACGACUCCUUGGCGAACCACUAUAGGUCUCGGGAAUGCGAGACCUCUCGCUUGCAGUUUCUGAAUGAGGAGCUUGAGAAGAAAUCUGAGGAGGUUGAACAGCUGAAGAAAGAUCUGGCCCAGGCUCGGGUGAAGAGUGGCAGGGUCUGGCUUGAAGACAUUCGUAACUCUUCCAAGAAAGCCAGGAAUGCGGCUACAAAACCAAAGACCGAAAAGAUCAAAUCUAUCCUCCUAGCCAGCGAUUGGGACAUUGACCUCGAUGAAAGCAUUGAAAGUCAAGAAAAUGAUCCUGACUGGUCAUUGGAAAGGGAACAGGAGGGUGGCUGCAAGAGGAAAUCGUCUGAGAAGGAAAAGGCUCGGAAAACUCUGAAGCGCUCUUCAUCAUCCAUGCUUGCGUGUAAGUGCCAGGGCCAGUGCCACCCGAAGCGGUGUGGCUGCACCAGAAAGGGCAUCAGCUGCACACAAGUAUGUGGCUGCAAGGGGUCCUGCAGUGGAGGAACAUCUAUGGAGCAUGCUGUAAUACUAGAAGAGCCAGAGAUCAUGACAUUUAAGGACGCCCAAAGGUCUUCGGAAGUACAUUGACACAGCAACAAAGUAUUGCAACCUGAUUUUUGGUGAUUUUAAAACAAGUCAUUAUUUUACUAUAUUUUAACAGUGUACACAUGUUGUAAUAUACGUCAAUGGCUGUCGUGUCUA